CCAAAAAAAAGUUUUCGGCGCGGCCCACAUGGCAGGGCCGAAAAGGCAAAAAAACUCAACGGGUGCCAUCGAAGAUUUUGCGCGGGCAAGGAAAACCUUUUCUGUUGAAAAUCAUACAAGAGGCAGCUUUUGAGUCAUUGAGUCUGGAUUGUCACGACUAUCUUGGAAUUUUCCAAGUCAAUUCAGCCCGGCCCAAGGCUUAUUUCCCCAAGAUCUCUAAGUACACUUCCCAUCACGGAUUUCUUUUACCUAAAAUCUUGCCCACUGGAUAUCGGAACUUGGUACUGUAGGGUUUGGCGUCGUGGGUUACUCCACCAGCAAAAAAAGGCCAAGCCGGAGUCAGACACGACCUUCACAGUGGAGAUCGCGCCCGGCGUGUGAGUCUAACUCUUUCUCCUCCUCCGACUUCUCCUUCUUACUUCCCACCUACUAUUCCCCCCCCCUCCCCCCCCCCAUUGCGUUCGUCUCUGCAAUCUGCUUCAUUUCCCCAAGCAGUCAGUGAUGGCCCCGGACGCGCCUUGGUCUGAAAAGGGAAAGAUGGAGUCCGAAGGCCCCAUUAUGCACGUCCAGCCUGAGGAUGCCGUCAACCAGUACGAUGUCGACUAUGAGAAGCACGGUGCUGGUCGCGAGUCCAGCCCGUUGCCCGAUCUGAAGCGCAAGCUGAAGAGUCGUCAUUUGCAGAUGAUCGCCAUCGGUGGUACUAUCGGUACUGGUCUCUUCAUCGGUAGCGGUACGGCCAUUGCACAUGCAGGCCCCGUGGGCGCCUUGAUCGCUUAUAUCUUCGUCGGUACCAUCGUCUACUCAGUCAUGACCGCGCUGGGUGAAGUCGCAACCUAUAUCCCUAUCCCCGGUGCCUUUACCUCGUACGCUACUCGCCUGAUCGAUCCCAGCCUGGGUUUCUCCAUGGGUUGGAUCUAUUGGUUCUCGUGGGCAUCGACAUUUGCGCUAGAGCUCACGGCUACCGGUCUGAUUAUCCAAUACUGGGACGAGAAUAUUUCCAUUGCCAUCUUUAUCGCCAUCUUUUGGGUCCUGAUUAUCAUUUUCAAUUUGCUGCCCGUCGGAUUCUAUGGUGAACUGGAGUUUUGGUUCUCCAGCAUCAAGAUUAUGACCGUCAUUGGCUUCAUGAUCUUCGCUAUCUGCAUGAACGCCGGCGUGGGUAAGGAGGGUUAUAUUGGAUUCCGGUACUGGGUGCACCCCGGCCCCUUCGUCCCUUAUCUGAUUACGGGCAACGAUUCUCUCGCCAAGUUUGUCGGCUUUUGGUCUUGCUUGAUUCAAGCAGGUUUCUCCUACCAGGGUACGGAGCUGGUCGGUAUCGCCGCCGGUGAGACCGAGAACCCGCGCAAGACUAUCCCUUCGGCUAUCCGCAAGACUUUCUUCCGCAUCGUCUUCUUCUUCAUCCUGACUAUCUUCUUCAUCGGUAUCGUGGUUCCCUCGGACGACGAUGGCCUGGUGGCGAGUCAGAACGGCGGUGCCGACGGCAGUAACGCCAAUGCUUCGCCGUUUGUGGUUGCGGCCCGUCGCGCGGGUGUGAAUGUCCUUCCGGAUAUUAUUAAUGCCGUGCUCCUAACCGUGGUGCUCUCGGCUGCCAACUCAAACGUGUACAGCGGUAGCCGUAUCCUCGUCGGUCUGGCUCAGGAAGGCUUUGCGCCUCGCUUGUUCAAGCGCACCACCAAGGGCGGUGUCCCAUACUACGCCGUCGUCUUCACCGCUUUGUUCGGUCUGCUCGGGUUCCUGAACGUGUCGAACUCGGGCGCGACCGUUUUCACCUGGUUGUAUCAGAUCGCCGGUGUCGCGGGUUUCAUCACCUGGGCCUCUUUGAAUGGCUGCCACCUGGCCUUCCAGCGGGCGCUCAAGGCGCGCAACAUUUCGCGCGAUGUCCUGCCGUAUAAAGCUAUCAUGCAGCCGUGGUUCUCGUGGUACGGCCUGUUCUUCAACUGCCUGAUUAUUCUCACUCAGGGUUUCACCUCAUUCAUUGGCGGCUUCGACGUCCAGAGUUUCUUCAUCAACUAUCUGAGUCUUAUCCUCUUCGUGGUUCUGUACUGCGGCCAUAAACUGAUCUUCCGCCCCGCCUUUGUCAAGCCCCUUGAGGCCGACUUGGACACGGGCCGAACAUCGCACGAUAGCGAGAACUGGGAGACCGUCGAGCCGACUACCUGGUACGGCAAGGUGUGGCACUGGAUCUCUGGUUGAUGUUAUGUGAAUAUGGAACCCUUUCGGAGGGCGGGUUGAAGCAUGUGUUUGACUAAUCACUUUUUGUCAAUUUGUAUUAUUUUCUUGGCUCUCUGUUAUUCGUGGCAUGUGGGCAUUGGGCAUGGCGUCGUUGGUGUUCUUUUUUUUGGCUUGUGCGUCUUGUACAUUACCUUCUCGUCGAGCCUAUCCCGUUGAUAGAAAUGGUCAUUAUUAUUGGUACAUAUAAUAUAAAUAUCUCCGCUAUA